UGCAGUCGCUUAACAGCUAUAACAGAAUAUAGAACUAUGAGUCAGAUAUUACAAGUUCACGCCUUCCUCGGACAUUCUUUCUCAAAGAAUGAGAACUUAAUUCCGGACUCUCUAAAACAUGAUUUAAUUCAUCAACGAACCCAAAUCCCGUAUCAUAAUAUCCCAAUACAUAGAGAUGGUAUGACGGGGAAAGUAGUGGAUCCUGAUGUUAAUUUUAAACGGUCAUGUGCUACGGCUACAUCUUGUGGAAUAAAUACUGCCAACACUAGGGUUGAACCAACAAUUAUGAAAUCCAUCCAUGAAAUUAGUAAACAGGCUCUUCGUUCAACUAAGAUGGAGUUUAAUCUAUUGAGUUGUAUACGUAAAUCACCUGACUGUUCUGGUGAUUUACCAACUGUCCCUAGUAUAAUUGAUGAAUUAUUGAAAAUGGCUUCUGAGGAUGUGGUUCAGAAUUGGUGUUUUCCCAAGGGAUAUUUUCUUCGACUAACAGCUCAGAUAAGUGAAGCAGGAACUUUCUUACUACCCAAAAGAGAAACGAUCACGUUUCUUAAAAGACGAAUAAGGAGCUGCAAACCACGUGAAUCCUAUGCUACAAUAGAGGAUACUGUAACACCACUCCCGACCUUAACAAAAUUAAUUCAUAAUCCAGCAUUGCAUUGGGAUUUCGAGCUUGACACAUUUCAAAAACGUGCAAUUCUUUGUCUUGAAAACAACAAAACAGUAUUUGUUUCAGCACAUACAUCGUCUGGUAAAACGGUGAUUGCAGAAUACGCAUGCGCUAUUUGUUUACGUCGUGGUUCACGUGUCAUCUAUACAAGUCCAGUUAAAGCACUUUCCAAUCAGAAAUUUCAUGAUUUUAGGGAAAGAUUUGGUGAAAAUGUAGGACUAAUUACUGGGGAUAUCAAACUAGCUCAAGAAGCAUCACUACUUGUCAUGACCACUGAAAUAUUAUAUAAUAUGUUGUGCAAUGCAUCUGAGAUUAUCAAAAAUCUUGAAAUUGUAAUCUUGGACGAGGUACAUUAUAUUAAUAAUCCAGACAGAGGUUACGUAUGGGAACAGAUUAUGAUAAUGCUUCCUAAGCAUAUUCUACUAGUAAUGUUAAGCGCCACUGUACCAAAUAAUUAUGAAAUAGCUGAUUGGUUAGGACGUGUACGAGGUUGUGAGAUUCAUGUCAUCGCAACAGAUAAACGCCCUGUCCCACUGGAACAUUACCUAUAUACUGGCAUGACGGAACAAUAUACAUCCCACCUUCACCUUAUUGUAGACAAAGAUGGUCGCUUUAUAGAUUCAGAUAAUUACAUUGAUUCGGAACCUAGCUACGAAAGAUUAGCUCGUCAAGAUGUAGAAUGCACGUCUUAUGAAGCAAAACUUACUCGUGAAUGUAUUGGAGGUCAAUUAAAUCCCACAGAUUUGUUUUGCGAAAAUAUUUUUCCCACCGAGUGUGGUGUCACCAAGUUUGGAGAGAUGAAGACUGAGGCUGUUAUCGUGCGUGCGAUCGAAAAAGUUAGGGAUAGUGUUUUUAACAAACUUGGUUCUCGACUUUCUCAUAAUCAAUCUGUACUCAGACCAGGAGCUAUCAAAUAUGAGUCAGCAGCAAUUGAUGUUGUUUUGGAUGCCUCUCUCUCAAUUGUUCCUCGUGAGACUUUGGCCAAUUGGACUGGUUCAACUGAAAUUGGCAUUAGUUCUUCGUCAAGUACUGAAAGUUUGAAUCAUGGUAAGAGGAUAGAUAUAAAUAAGAAAACAAAAGAGCUGCUGGAAAAAAGAAUUCGAAAUUCCAAACCUCAACCGUCAUACAUCUUUCAGGAGGAUACCACUUGUGAACUCCCACCUUUAACUGAACUUGUCGACAACCCGGCAUUCAAUUGGGAAUUUGAACUAGAUACCUUUCAAAAACAAGCUAUUUUGUGCCUUGAGCGUAAUCAAACAGUCUUUGUAGCAGCCCAUACUUCGGCUGGGAAGACGGUUGUCGCAGAAUAUGCUUGUGCUCUCUGUCGACGUCGGGGCACAAGAGUUAUCUAUACGAGUCCGAUUAAAGCUUUAUCGAAUCAAAAGUUUUAUGAUUUCAGACAGACAUUCGGAGAUAGUGUUGGACUAAUUACAGGUGAUAUCAAACUGGCUCCCGAAUCUACAAUUCUAAUAAUGACCACGGAAAUUCUGCAUAACAUGUUGUGUAACGAUGCUGAUGUUAUCAGAGAUCUGGAAAUAGUCAUUAUGGACGAAGUUCAUUAUGUCAAUGAUGUGGAAAGAGGUCAUAUAUGGGAACAAAUUAUGAUAAUGCUGCCUAAACACGUGUUAUUAGUUAUGUUAAGUGCAACAGUUCCUAAUAAACUUGAUUUUGCUGAUUGGUUAGGACGUGUACGUGGAACUGAAGUUCAUGUAGUUGCAACUAAUAAACGUCCAGUUCCAUUGGAACAUUUUCUUUUUACCGGUAUGGAUGGUCAACGUAGUAAAGAUCAUCUUCAUCUAAUUGUAGAUCAAGCUGGUCAAUUCAGUUUACCAGGUUAUAAACAGGCAAAUCGUAUGCUUAGCGGCGAAAAAGAUGUUGAUAAAAAGAAACCUACUGAAAAUCCGGCAAAUCCUUCGAAUGCUAAAAACGUGCCACGAAAGAAUACUGGUGGUAAAGUGAAUACUCCAGGUCAUUUCCGUGCAUUACCACCAACUAACGGAAUAAGUGUACAUGAUCAUCGUACCAAAAAUUUAUGGCUUGGAGUAAUUCACCUUCUUCAAGAGCGUGAUCUUAUGCCAACUAUAGCAUUUGCCUUUUCUCGAUCAUCAUUGGAAACUCUGGCUGGUCAUUUAUCUUCAGUGGACUUGUUAAAUUCAAGUGAAAAACAACAAGUUAAAAAUUUUCUACAUUGUUCUGUCACUAAACGAUUAAAAAGAUGUGAUCGUCAACUUGCUUCAGUUCAGUUUAUUAGUAAAUUAGCUGUUAGAGGAUUAGCUGUUCAUCAUGCUGGAAUGUUGCCUAUUUUGAAAGAGACAGUGGAGAUGUUAUUUCGACGUGGCUUAAUCAGAAUCUUAUUUGCUACUGAAACAUUUGCGAUGGGUGUAAAUAUGCCGGCUCGUUGUGUAAUCUUUACUACAUUGGAGAAAUUUGAUGGUCAAAAACGUCGUCCUCUAAAUUCAAGUGAGUAUACACAAAUGGCUGGGCGUGCAGGUCGUCGUGGUUUAGAUGCUUCCGGUUCUGUAAUUAUUCUACUUGGUGGAAUUGGUAAAUCACUUACACCAGGUAGUUCGGGUUUACCAUCUGAGCAUACACUGUGUGAUAUUAUUCUUGGAAGACAAACUCAAUUAGUUUCGAAAUUUAAAAUCACCUACUCUAUGAUAUUACAUUUACAUCGAACUAAUUGGUUAACUCCACAGGAUGUAAUGCGACGAAGUUUCAUGGAAGCAGCCAAUCUUAGACGUGAACUUGACCGUAAGCAAUGGUUGUCAGCUUUACGCAAAAAACUCGAUGAAACAACUACUCUUAUACCACCUGCUGGAUUAUCAUCAAAUAUACCUCAUCAAAUUGCUCGUAGUUCAAAUAGUAAAGUUACAAUAUCUAUGAAUAAUAUGUCUCGUUUAUCUGUACCAAUCGGUGAACCUAUUUUACAAGUGAAAUGCCCUUUUGGUCAAAUAAGUUGUUGUGAUGCAAUGACUACUUAUUAUCAGGCCUGUUGCAAUUAUCAAAAGCUUACAUCAUCCAUUGUCCGUUUACUUUCUGAAGAAAAUCUAACUGAUCUACAAAAAGUCUUCUGUCCAGGUCGUAUAGUAUUUAUUAAUCUACCACAAACUGAUAAUUCAUCAUUGUAUAAUAAAGUAACAACAAAACAACCCAAUUGGUUAGUACCAGGUGUUUUGGUUAAUUUAACAAAGAAAAAAAUCAAGAACGAAAGUGAAAUACAAUGCGAUAUUAUCACUUGGGAAUUGUCUAAUUUACCAAAUCAUUCUAGAUCAUUUAAAAAGUGUAAUCAUCAAUCGAUAAAUCAGACCGUUUCAGUGAAUGAUGUAAAUGAUAGAAAACAAGGAAAUAUUAACAAUAACACUACUCAGUGCAAUGAAUUUGAUGAAGAGGAUAUUUUGAAAGAAGGUGAAGAUUCUCAACUGUCUAAUACACCAUACCCUCCACAAUUAAUGCCUGUUUAUACACCUGAGUCAAUGGAAGAUGGUUAUGCUCGUUUAACGUUAUUAUCCAAUUUGUCUAUUCGAUCAUUUGUACGAAUUACUGAUCAUGUUUUUACUGUAAAACAGUAUUGUAAUAAUACUGUAAAUAAUGCAAAUAUAACGCCAUCAGAAUUAUUACUUCGUGGUAUUAAACGUCAUCGUCAACAAAUAGCAGCUAAACAAGCUGGUAUGCAUUUAGUGAUUGGUUCAAACUCGACUGCAAGUGAUUGUGAUCCCCUAGUUCUUAUGGAUGAAUUAAAUGCGAAUUUAUUUAAUCUUGUAAUUUCAUUGAUGCCGGAAUCUUCUAUGUCACCGAUGUUUGGUCUACCAGUUAACUGCCCUACUAAAGUUGACUUAAGAACAUCAUUGAAGUUCAAAGGAAUUUCAGAGGAGGAUGCUUGUGUGUUUGAUGAACACGCUUUACUCAGUGAUGAAUUAACAACACCACUUCUGACAUCGGUUAUUACUCAGCGUUUGGCUCCGAUUAGUUGUCCUGAUCUUGUAGCACAUUUGGAACUGAUUCAUCGUACCUGCCGUCGAAGAUGGGCUGUAAAACGAAUUGAAGAUAGUUUAUCUAAUUCGCAGUUACAAUUAAAUACGGAGUAUGUGAAACGUUUGUGUGUUCUUGAAGAAUUGGGUUUUAUCGAUUCAGCAACACAUACUGGUUGUUUGACUUUAAAAGGUCGAAUUGCUUGUGAAUUGACAAAAAUGGAAGUGUUAAUUACUCAACUAUUACUAAAUGGUUCAUUCACUGAUUUAUCGGCUCCUGAUUUAGCAGCUGUUUUAUCGUGUUUUGUAUUUGAAACACGUUCCACUACUGAUACAGAACAAUUACAACAACACGAUGGACAAUAUUUACACAGUCUACUUGGAUCUCUAAUGAAUUUUACUAAUGAUGAUUGUAAUCAAAAUCAUCUGUCUAAUAGUUGUUCAGAUGUUACUUCUUAUCCUUCAAAUCUUAUACCUGGAUUACAAAAGAUUGUACUAUCUGCUAUAGAGCUAGAGCAAUUACAGAUUAAAUAUGGUCUUGCUGAUCCAUCUAUAGACACAAGGAUAACUCUACAGGCUGUAAAUGCUGUUUUUGCUUGGGCUCAAGGUUAUUCAUUCUCAUCAUUGGUUAGUAUGACUAGUGUUCCUGAAGGUCACUUGGUUCGUGGCUUAUUACAACUCGAUGAACUAUUACAUCAUAUAUGCAAUGCUUGUCAUCAUCUGGGUGAUAAAAAUUUAAGUUUGCGAAUGAAGGAGGCAAGAAGUUUAAUAUUGCGAGAUCUUGUAUGUGCUCCAAGUUUGUAUACUGCAGAUGAUCUUGUGUGA